GCCAUAGUGAUACACGUGCUAUGAAUGAUCGCAGCUUUUCCAUCGGCAUUAACCAUCCAGUUAUGAAAUAGACAGUACAUCUCUGAAUGAAACACUUCCAACUCCCUCUGGAACCUGCCUAUCCAAUGGCAUUUCAAGCCGUUUCCGGGUCUCCGAAAUGGCAAGGUUUUGGUUGCAACAAGUUUAGAGACGUUCAAUCCCUUCCCACCAUGAGAGACACGCCUUCGAUGGUGCAGAAACUUCUGGAGGAGGAGAGAGAAGCCGUGAAGUCUGCCCUUCAAGCUGUGGAUGAACAAAUGCAUUUAAAGAAAAAGGAAGUGGAAGAAGUUCACAGAAAAUUGAUGAAGGAAGAGCCCAUUAAAGAGUCGUUCCGAGCAGCAUUCAGCAUGGAUUUUUCUAAAAGCACCAUUAAUCGGAAUAACAGAGUGUCCAGUAGUUAUACUCCAGUCUUUAAUCUUCCCGUGAAAAUCCAGCAAAAACCAGUUUUUCUUGAAGCCAUUUAUGAAGAAGAUCAGGAAUCUGGAGCUCUUUCUAGUCUUAAAAAUGAAAAAAGAUCAGAAAGACUAACAAGAAACAGUAGUGCUAUGCCAAGCCGGAUUCAAACGGCCAAAUCUAGAUGUUCGAUAAAAGUAACUUCAGCUCGACCCCGAAUGCCUGAAGUCCUUCCACCCAUAGAUACAACUUGGAGUAAUGUACCAACGGAUGGAACUUAUACAGGACCAUUGAGUUAUAGGUGGCAGAGAGUUGCUGAUAACUAUAUAGACAGUGAUCUUCGAGUUAGAAGCAGGAGACGGUGUCGAUCGAGGGCUCAAGAAACAAGACUUCGCCUGGGCUAUCAAGAGGAAGAAGAAGACAAUGACGAUGAUUAUAGCUGCAUUGGGGUUCCGAGAAAACGGCAAAUAACAUUUGGUCCCCCUCAUAGUACUUCCUAUAGUCGAUGGCUUAGUCAUUUUAAUGACUUUAAUUAACUUCAAGUACUUGUUGAUUGUAAAUGGGAGCUUUAUUUUCGAAGUAAUUUUGAGCUGUCUGGAUAUGGAAGGUGUAUUUUUAUUUCGCGAUUAAAGCAAUUUAUAAUUAAUUUCGAUUUUAAUGAAUGGUUGAUAGAGUAACCAGAUUUUCAAAUUUAUACGCUCCCUGACUGGGUGAAAUUAUUUAUUACAUUUAUAAAAAAAAUAUAUCUUUCAUUGUUGCUCAUAUGGCGAAGUUUAGUCACUUUUCAUUAAGAUCUGAAAAACUAAGCAUAUUUUUAUUAAUAAAAAUAUUUUGGAUUUGUGAAUAUUAUUCAAAUGUAUAUCUUUAUGGAAUUUACUUCUUUUGUAAAAAAUAGUUAUAUCUUUUAUUGUGUUAGUUAGUGACGUUUGUAGAUGUCACGUUCCCAGAAAACUCGUGUAAGUAAAUAGGUUAAACCUCUAAACUAUUACAAGUGUUGUUUAUCUUAAUUGAUAAACAUUAAUAUUUAAGAAUUUUGACAACUAUGAUUGUUACAAUUAUUUCGUAUUUUUUGCUAAACGCUAAGUAAUGAUAGAAAAGAAUUUGAAAUUUUUUAAUUCGCUUAAAUUUAUAUCAGUAAAAUAAGAAGGAACUUUUUUAUAACACUCAUUAAGGUUUGAAAUUUAUAUAACAUAAUUAAAAGCGUGUUCUACAGAGAGCCUUAUGGCUUAUAAUACCAAUUUAAAUACUUAACUUUUAUUAAGCGUUUUUUUAAUUUAUUGAACGUUUCAUUGUUAAAUUAGUUAUCUUGAAAUACUAAAGUAGAGUUCUUGUGAAAAAUUUUAACAUUUGGGAACAAUUAGUCUUACUUAUUUAUUGCUCAGUGCCUUUCAGUUACAAAGAUAAUAAAAAAAAGCAUUAUAUUACAAAGAUAAUAAAAAAAAGCAUCGAUAAUAUUACAAUUUAAUCAACUCUUUGCAAAAGGCCACGAAUUAAAAAAAAUUCGGGGGUUAAAGGGGGUACAUCGAAAUAGAAUUCUUAGUUUUCUUUAAUACUAAUUGUUUUAUUUUUCUUUUCUUGGAGUAAUUUAAUUCUUAUUCAUAACAAUUGCUUAAAAUAAACUAUUUCGGGCAAUAAAAAUCUAUUUAAUUUAAUUUUGGACUAGCGAAAAUUGUCCAUUUUUUCGUGAUUUACCUCCUUUUUCAAACUGCUCCUUUUAAAAAAUACUAAGGCUUCUAAUUAUACAUCUUACAAAACUAUGAACAAAUUUUGGCUCUUGUAUCUUGCCACUGCCAAUUUAAACUUUUGAUAACAUUUCUUGAAAAUUUGUUAUUUUGCAAAAUCUUAUAUUUUGAGGAAGAACAGUUUCAUAAAAUAAUUUUUGAAGCAAAAUUCUUCCCAUUUAUAAAAUUUUGCAUCAAACGUUUUCAAAUCAUUUAAUUUAAUAUAUAGGCUGCCAACCAUUGGUUAACUAAUGGACAGUAUACGAGUUAACUCGUGUAGGUCCAUCUAUCCAUUAGUUAACUAAUGGAUAGUAUACGAGUUAACUCGCCUUGGUCAGUCUGUAUGUUAAUUGCUGAAAGGAAUUCAUCUGCUUCUCAUAACAGAAAAUUGAUAUGUAUGGAAAUAUUUCCGAUGUCAACGUCUGUUUUUUAUUGAAUGCAGAAUAAGGAACUUCUUUAAUAAAUUCAUUCUGUAAUUUGUA